AUGGGGUUACACCAAGAUUCUGUGCUCAACCUGUUCUUAUUUGCCCUAGUGAUGGACGUGUUAACACACCAUAUUCAAGGGGAGGUGUCAUGGAGCAUGUUAUUCACUGAUGACAUAGUUCUGAUUGAUGAGUCGCAAACCAGUGUUAACGAAAGGUUAGAGGUGUGGAGACAGGCCCUUGAGUCUAAGGGUUUCAAGCUGAGCAGGACAAAGACGGAAUACUUAGAGUGUAAUUUCAGCACUGAGCCGAGGGAAGUGGGCGUGGAAGUGAGGCUUGAAUCACAGGUCAUACCAAGUAGUGGCAAUUUCAAGUACCUUGGGUCAGUUAUUCAAAGGGGAAGGGAGAUCGACGAGGAUAUCACACACCGAUCCAAGAACUCUGUUGUGAAGGAAUAUGAUGAUGCUUCAAGUGAUGAAUCCUCUCCACUUACACCGCAUAGCGUGAGCCAAUCAAGGAUCAAUAUGUGUGACAAUUCAUGCUACUCUCCAUCGUCCACAACAAUCAUGCAAGCCACGGUGACAAACAUUUCAUCUGUGGAGGAGCAGCUGGCAAACUUGACGGAAGCAAUCGCUGGCUUGACUAAGUGUAUGCAAAAUCAAGAUGCUAGAAUUGACAAGUUAACAAACAAGGUGGGAAUCUUGAUGGAAGAAGAAUCCACCCAUGCACCUGGCAAGCUCCCAGAGGUUCCAGAGAAUAAUUCUCCUCAAAGACAAUGGGGACUGCACUACAUCUUGCAAGGUAUCAGUCCUAGCAUAUUUGAAGAACUUGGGACUCAUGCCCAUGACCUGGAGUUAAGCAUGGACUCCGCUGGAAAUGAAAGGCUGCCUAUCUAUGAGCCUCGCAAAGGGAACAACAAGCAAGAAAUCAUGAAAUAG